AUGGCAAUCUCCCCAGCGCGAAAGCGCAUAAUCGUCGCAGUAACAGGGGCGACCGGAGCACCACUGGCCGUUAGCCUGCUCAAGACCCUGCGACGAUUGGACGUCGAAUCCCAUCUCAUCAUGUCCAAAUGGGGAGCUGCAACCUUGAAAUAUGAAUUAGACCCGCCCAACAACACACCCAGCUACUUGCAGUCGCUCGCUCACACGACCUAUGCUCCGCGCGACGUCUCUGCCGCCAUAUCUUCAGGCUCCUUUCGGACCGACGGUAUGAUUGUCGUCCCUUGCAGCAUGAAGACUCUGGCUGGGAUUCGAAUGGGUUAUGAUGAUGAUCUCAUUACUCGAGCGGCGAGCGUGACGCUAAAGGAGCGAAGAAGACUUGUUCUUGUUGCCAGGGAGACGCCCUUGAGUUCCAUCCAUUUAGAGAAUAUGCUACAGUUGUCGCAUGCGGGCGCUGUGUUGUUUCCACCUGUGAUGGCAUUCUACACCCAACCAAAAGGCAUAAAAGAUAUGGUAGAACAGAGCGUGACUAGGAUGAUUGAUGUACUGGACUUGGGAAUUCAAAGCCACAGUGAGCAGGGUGAGCGAUGGACUGGGUUUCAAUGGGAGGCAAAACAAGGGCAAGGUCGAGGGGAAACCUAG